AGGAAUGAAAACCUGUUGCAGUUGAGCCCAUCAACAUCAGAAGUUGAGACUUAAACCACACCUGAACUUUGAGUGAGAUCCUUUUCCUAGUGUUGUCAAUCUGAGAAGCCAGCCUCUAUGGGAAAGCUUAAGCAGAGUAUACUCAUCCAUGAAAUUUGGAUUUUGCUGCAUUCAAACAGAGAAUAUCAACAGUAUUCCACUAUUAGAUGAUUGACUAAAGAAUGGAAGGAAACAGAAGACAGAAGCCUUUAUCUUAAUCUUUCUUUGCUUAAAGAAUCCACCAGGGACGAUGAUUUUCAAGAGGCUGGAGCUUCAAAGGAUGCAAGUGCUUCAAAGGGACGUGUCCAAAGACUACUGGUGUACGGUCCGAUAAAGUUAAGAACGGGUAAUAAGAAAACAAAGCAUGAGGCUUUUUUGUUCAAGGACGUACUGAAAAUCUCGAACAUUCGGUACAGCAAAAAUAUGUACUACAAAUAUGUAAUCCCUGUCAAUGAAAUAUGGAUUUCCAAAUGCAUUGUUGAGGAAGGUGAUACCAGUGCCUCCAGGUGCCUGAAUAUUGGCUGGCCCAUGGCAAAUUAUAGGGCCAAGUUCUUCUCCAGGACCUUUAUGAAAAAAUGGGAACGAUUGCUGGACAGGUGUAUAACUGAGUCGAAAGAGAAAGAUCAAAAGCAGACCACACUUCUGCAGAUAGAAGUAGAUCCCGUUAGCAACAUUCCUUAUUCUGGAAUUAUAACAGUUACCAAUUUAGACACAGUGAGUGACGUUAUCCAUAUGGCACUACCAGUGCUAGGAUUAAGUGGCUCAGAAAUGGACUACCAAUUGUGGGUCUAUUCAAACCAGAGAAAGACCUCUUACCCGCUCAUCGGGCAUGAGUGUCCAUAUGCUAUCCAAGCAAGCUACCAUCGAGCUGCCUUUCAUAAUCAGGAACCGGGGAAGUCCACCUCCGCCCUGAGCAUGGAGGAUCCCGUUCUGGAGAUCUUGUCUGAUGGAGGGAUCCAGUUCGUGUUGAAGCCCAGGCACACGGCUAAAAGGCAGCGCCGGUGCGGCUUUCCCACAAACUGUCUGUCUUGCUGGGGCAUUACCAGAAGCCAUAAUGACCUGCCCCAGGACUCCCCUCCUGCUAUUUCGGUGCCAACACUCCUGAGAGUGUCUGGUGUUGAGGACCUGACCCUCACACUCUGGGAAGUGAUUCGUAUUAUCAAGCAGAAAGGGCCAAAGACAGAGAAUAUUUUUCAAAAAGUUGGUGACAUAAAGUCAUUUAUAGCCCUAAAGGAAAGAUUUAACACAGGAGAUAGAGGCGACUGGGGCAAUGAAUCGCCACUUGUGUUAGCAACACUGUUAAAGGAGUGUCUUCGAGCCUUUCCUGGCACUCUCUUUUCAACCGACCUCUAUGAUCAGUGGCUGGAUGUUCUUGAUAAAGGGAAUGACGAGGAGGCCAGAGACAUCCAGAGGCUUUUAGCCCAUCUGCCCAGAACUAACACAGCUCUCAUAAGACACUUGUUUUCAUCAUUAUAUGCAAUCUCAUGUAAUGCAUCAUACAAUCAGAUGACUACAUCAAAGUUAGCUUUGUGCAUCACCCCGAGCCUUCUGUGUGUCUGGCGAUCUACUUCAAGAAGCCCAGCCCUCGAAGAUGAAAUAAGGAGAAAGAUUUCUUUGGUGGAGUUUAUGAUUGCAAAUUACCCCAGAAUAUUUAGAAAACACAAGAAGUCUAAAAAGAGCUGUAUGAAUUCCAAAAGAAACUUUGGAGAGAGUACCCGGCAAGUCAUCGACACUUCAGGACAGAGUGCUGCUGCCCUAGACACCGAGCCCGGCACCCGGGAACCUCUGCCCGACGUGCCGACCUCACGCAUGACCAAGAGAACCGAGCCUGACCAUGACACCGAGCCCGGCACCCGGGAACCUCUGCCCGACGUGCCGACCUCACGCAUGACCAAGAGAACCGAGCCUGACCAUGACACCGAGCCCGGCACCCGGGAACCUCUGCCCGACGUGCCGACCUCACGCAUGACCAAGAGAACCGAGCCUGACCAUGACACCGAGCCCGGCACCCGGGAACCUCUGCCCGACGUGCCGACCUCACGCAUGACCAAGAGAACCGAGCCUGACCAUGACACCGAGCCCGGCACCCGGGAACCUCUGCCCGACGUGCCGACCUCACGCAUGACCAAGAGAACCGAGCCUGACCAUGGUGAUUUAAUGCUACCCUGGAGUACGAAUCAGUGUAAGGUGCUUUGAUGCUACCGCUGCUGUUGACACAAUACCAGAAAUGGAACCAUCUCAUCAUAUCUGGUGCUUUGGAACAACAGUAAUCGACCAUAUAAAGCAAGCUGCAAAACUCACAUCUAGUAGGGGGCCGCCCAACUCUCCAAAAUGAAUCAUUUUAUUUCAUUUAGUGGUAGCAUAUUCACAGCUGGACAUCACUAAUUUCCCUACACUCCACCAUGAAGCUAAGAGUGUUUUUAGAAAAAAAAUUGACAGAUUUUUCUUUCUGUCCAGAAAUAAACAAAUUGGCUUGCAACUGA